GUCUUUUUUUUUUUUUGUUUUUGACAUUUAUUUUUUUCUUCCUCGCACCUCUACAGUCGACACUUCUCCAUUUUCUUUUAUCAGUUACACAAAACUUUCUUCAGCUGACUCUCGACGACUUGUCUCUCACUUUGCAGAAAAAAAAAAAAAAAAGAAUCAUUCUUUCUCUCUAUUACUAGGUGCUCUCUGUUUAGGGAAUUGAGAAACUUUACCUGAUUCUGAGUUUCGAGUUUCUUAGGGCUUUCGUCAGAACCUUAAGGGAGCUGUAGACUGAAAAGAUUUUGAUAUUAUUGGAACCCAAGUGCCAUUCAAAAUGUUUCGUUGGAAGAAUUCUUCUCAGCCCGAGCAAGAGCAUAACGAGGCAGCUCUCAGAGAGGCAAAGAUCAAAGAGCUUAGAGCUCUCUUAGGUGAGCUAUCUGGAAGGACUUCGCUCUUCUACUCAGAUGCAUGUCUGAAGAGAUAUCUGGAAGCUAGGAAUUGGAAUGUAGGCAAAGCCAAAAAGAUGCUUGAGGAGACGUUGAAAUGGAGAUCAACCUUUAAACCUGAGGAGAUCCGAUGGGAUGAAGUUUCAGGUGAAGGUGAGACUGGUAAAGUUUACAAAGCUGGAUUCCAUGACAGGCAUGGAAGAACUGUUCUUAUACUGAGACCUGGCUUGCAGAACACGAAAUCGUUAGACAAACAGAUGAAGCAUCUCGUGUAUCUCAUUGAGAAUGCUAUUUUGAAUCUGCCCGAGGAUCAAGAACAAAUGUCGUGGCUUAUUGACUUCACGAACUGGUCAAUGAGUACCAGUGUGCCUAUUAAAUCUGCAAGAGAAACUAUAAAUAUACUUCAAAAUCACUACCCUGAGAGACUUGCUGUAGCGUUCCUCUAUAAUCCUCCAAGACUCUUUGAGGCAUUCUGGAAGAUUGUUAAGUACUUCAUUGAUGCAAAGACAUUCGUCAAGGUGAAAUUUGUUUACCCAAAGAACCAGGAAAGCGUGGAGCUUAUGAGCUCAUUCUUUGACGAGGAUAACCUCCCAACCGAAUUUGGAGGGAAAGCUUUGUUGCAGUAUAACUAUGAAGAAUUCUCCAAGCAAAUGAACCAAGACGAUGUUAAGACUGCAAACUAUUGGGGAUUGGUUCACAGUACUGACAACCAGCUGCAUGCGAGCAACGGUUUUUCUGGAGCUGAGAUUUCCCCUGACCCAAAUCAAACCAACCCUUAACCAAAUUUGAAGGCAAUAUGUUUGUUUCAGAUGGGACUAAUUAAUUAUUGGUGAUCUUGAUGCUAAGAAGAGAGGUUGUAAAAUUUAAACAUGACGUUGAUCAAAUAAAAAGGAUUUGUAUUA